AUCAAACAACAUUUCAGAACUCAUCUAGUUCUAGCUUAUAAUCUCUCUACACGCAUUUGCCUGCCUAUAGCCUGUUAAGUUUGUCCAGUGGAUCUCCAAGCCUUUAACUGCAUCCUGCUCAAGCCGCAUGCUAUCCAUGUUUGCCGACUCCACCCUUCCGCGUCCACCUGUUCCGCAAUGAUCCACUAGAGUGCCGAAGUAAAUUUCUUCGUCGUGCUGUGCCGGCACUUGCUUUGACUCGCACUGCACUUCGUCUCCCUUCUUCCGUCGCGCUUCGUCCUCCCAUCGCAUGCGACCUCCUUAUCCACUCCGUCCGCGAUAUCAUUUCUGUGGUUAGCCACGAUGAGCCAUAUUGCUCCAAAGCGGGUUGUCCUCCGAUGUCGCGAACAAUACUUCAGAGAGCACGGGCGAAUGGUUGAGACUUUCCUCGAAUCGCAAAACCUCCUAGAUAUAGAGGACUAUGGGAUACAUAUAUGUGGAGAUCCAUAUUCUCCUACUACUCUAUAUCUCGUCCUCGAUCUCUACUGCAGGGAGGUCCCGAUUGUUGAUCUCAGCAACUUAGAACUCCAAGUCUUCAAAGUCUCAAAAAACAAUACAUUUACUUUCAAAAACCUUGGUGAGAAUGCUAGCAAGAGAGCUUACGAACGUUCUCUUACACUAGAUUGGGGGGCGAACCAAUCUAAUCAGAGGAGUUAGAGGGCGUUACCCCCUUACAUAUAGGACAUUCCCCAGCUAGGUUUGUAUCUUGAGCGUCGCGCGUCAAUGGAAGGUCCCUCAAAAAACCAGACGGUGGCAUGCAUGGGUCUCUGUUAGGACGAUUCAGUGCUGUUGCACAAUAGACGAUGUGGUCUCGAUUCUCAUGGGGAGGGUUUCGUGUACAAGAUUGGUAUGUUUUACAAUUCCAAGAACACAUGUUUGCAAGCAGUAAAUAUGUUUUGGGGCUGAUGCAGAGUUGGUGGUGGAAAUGUUU